AUGAACGGCCCGGACCGGUCCAUCACGAUUAACGACUCUUCGUUAUUUGUCACUGCUACCCUCUAUGUCGCACUCGAGCAUCUUCGCCAUGCAUCACAAGAGCGCAAGAUUUGGAUAGACGCUAUUUGCAUCAACCAGAAAGACAUUGCUGAGCGCAAUAGUCAAGUCGCUAUCAUGAGGAAGAUUUACAAGAAUGCGACGCGCGUAGUUGUGUGGAUUGGACCUGCCACCGAGUCGAGCGAACAGGCCAUGGAAUUUUUGGAGAUGUUGGCUACAGCUAGGAAACAUCGCAGAUGGUAUACGAGAGAUUGGUCCAGGUUGGACGAAAAGGUAUCUGAACCAGCUAACAGCCCAACCUAUUGGGAGAGACUGAAGAUUCGCCUUGUACGAGUAUAUACAUCGCUGACGCGGCGAGUUCAUCAGGCUAAGGAGCCAAAACCAGACCUACCAAUACCAGAUCCGCCAAAACCAGACCCACCAAAACCAGACCCGCCAAUACCAGACCCGCCAGUACCUGACCUGCCAGUACCAGACCCGCCAAUACCUGACCUGCCAGAAUUGCACCCACGCUUGCAAGAAUUGAUUGAUCGCCGGUACGACGAAUACGAUGAGUACAUGGUGGCUGUGGAAACUGCGGAAGCUACAAAGGACGAUUUCGCCGUGACAGGCAUUCCCGUACUGUAUAACAUGGACGGCAAUCCCUACGACGAGUAUUUCAAGAAUGAAUGGGAGGCCUAUUGGGAGGCCCUCGAUGAGCUACUUGCUCGCCCUUGGUGGGAGCGGACCUGGAUUGUACAGGAGAUAUGGUGUGCUUCGGAUGCGAUACUGCAAUGUGGCACUUCCAUAAUUGAAUGGAAAACCUUUCAAAUGGCCAUGGAUUAUUCCGAAGCAUGGGACGAUAUUGGAGAUGCUCUGGAAGGCAUGAAAAGAAAGUUGCAGUGGGAUACACUGCGACGACGUUACACACUGGCGAUAAAUCUUUCGAAAGCAAGAGUAAAUGGAAGUUCGCUGUCGUCGCUGCUUUGGAAUACUUGGGAUCGCGCAUCCACAGAUCCAAGGGACAAAGUAUUCGUUGUGUUGGGAUUAGUGGGCGACGUUGAAGGUGUCUCUGUGGCGCCUGAUUACCGCAAGUCGGUGGAUCAGGUGUAUCGAGAGACUGCGCAUCACAUCGUAGCAAAAGAAGGUCGACUUGACAUCCUCCUGGCGGCCAGCGGCGUUCAUGGUAAGGAUGGCUUACCGUCAUGGGUGCCAGACUGGCGCCGCGAGGCGUACGCAAAGAAGCCGGUUCUACUUGUCAAUCGCCAUCUCUUGAUGACCCUGUGCUAUUCGGGGUCUACUGAUAUGGUUGUUCUCCAAGGGCAUGGCUAUCGAGCAGCCGGCAACUCGAAGCCAUACUGUUCCUUCAGCCAGGAUUUACAUGUGAUGACGGUACUAGGCAUACAGUUGGACAGUAUUGCUGAGGUAUGGGACGUAGAUAUCGCUGCCAUGCGCGACGGUGAAUUCAUCAAACAGGCCUUCGACUUCAUCCUCAAAUCGAGAUUUGUGUCUACCGAGGCACGACAGAUAGUGUCAGCGGAAAGAGCAAACCUCGCCACUGAACGGCAUAGUUCGAUCGUAAUGACGACACUUACUGGUGGGGGUAACGUAGAGUACGAUAUGAGAGCGCCGACGAUGAGGAACAUCAUGCGACAACGGCGGCUUUUCGUGACGAAGCAGGGAUAUAUUGGGAUUGGCCCAGUAGAGGCCCGAUCCCGUGAUGUGGUCUUCAUCAUCUCUGGCUGCAAUUUCCCGAUCAUACUUCGACCGAGAAAGGACAUGUUUGCGGUUGUUGGUGAAGCUUACAUGCACGGCUAUAUGGCCGGUGAAGCUCUAGCUCUGGCUCCGGCUCGGCCGUGGAAGAAGAUCUCGAUACUGUAG